AUGGACGCUAACAUAGCUCUUCUUUCAUUUCUAGCCGACUUCGUCCAGGAGCUGUACCUCAAGGAGCUCAAGGCCUACAAGAUGCCCCCCGUCAAGGAGUCGGACUCGGUCGGCCAGGUCCAGACCUUUGCCGAGCCCAAGACGCCCAAGUCGCCCGAGGAGGCCGACCUCGCCAGCAGCCUUCAAGAGUACGAGAGCAUGGCCGUCGAGAUUGAGGGCCAGGACGCCGCUCAGCAGGCCUCUGGCAUUCCCGCCGCCCUUCCUGACUGGCUCGAGGCCGAGGAGGAGGACGCCGCGCCCAAGCAUUAA